AUGAAGAGUUCUAACCAAUAGGGUUUCCUGACUAUUAUGGAUACUAAAGAAUGGAAGCACGUUGUUGGCCAACUACAUUUUGGAACGGUUGAAAAAUUACAGAAUAUCACACUUGCUUUUAAGAAACAAGAUAAAGAACUCUUUAGAUGUAAAAUACCACCAGAUUAAGCUUUAAAAUUGGAUCAAUCAGCUUUAGUAUUCGAAACAGACAGCACAUCAAAGGAUUUUAUGAAGAUCAUAAUACUUCUCGAAAUGAUAAAACUCCAAAGAAAUUAGAGGUAAGCUUGA